GUCAGAUAUCCUGCCACAUCCUAUGCCACCUCCUUGUGCAGUCCAAUAUUCCAGACAAAUGAGGCGUCUCGUUUCAAAGCGUUUCCAUUGCUAGCAAGAAGACGGCAAUGAGGUCUCCAGGGGGACAAGAUGGAAUUGUGGGGGUCUGCUAAUGGAUUGUGGAGUGCGGCGUCUACAGAGCGAUGCCAGUCUCACAGCAACUGGACACGUUUCCUGCCUCCGCGGAGCCGCUAUCGUCUUGCAUUAAUAACGUCCUCAGCUGCUGUCCCGGAUGACUCACAGCUGUGAAUGGAAACAGCCAGAAUAGUUGGGAGAUGCUGCCACUUGUUCCAGCCUUGGCCGUUCCACCAGCGGCGCAAAGGCCCACAGGUAACACAUGUCACAACGGCCUGGUGCCCCCCGUGGCUCGUUCGGCCUUGCCGUCUGUUCACAGCGCUCUGGGCAUCAAGCACUUUCUUCCUUUCCCGUUGGACAACAACACCUCUCCUGCCGUCAACCUCUUCCACGGAUUUAAUGCGUUGGACCCGGUGCAGAAGGCCGUUCUCCAUCAUACGCUGGGGCUCACGCCCGCGACCGCUGCCGUCAAGAAGAAGCCUGUCCCCUGUGGCGUCUGCCGGCUGAGGUUCAACUCGCAGAACCAAGCCUUGGCCCACUACAAGGGCACCAAGCACGCCAAGAAGCUAAAAGCCCUGGACGCUCCCAAAGGCAAGAUGAAAGGGACGCCGCUUGCCAAGGACACAAACGCCGGCAGCAGGAAAGAUUCCCUUCCUAGCACCCCGCCAUCACCUGCACUCCGACUGGCGCUGGACAAUGCAGUAACAACCCCCGCGGCUCCAAUCGACAUCACCGGAAUCAUGUCGGUGGUCCCAGACGCUCCGGAAACCACCUCAGAAGCGGACCUAAACUCACCCUCAGAACCAGAACCGGAACCGGACCCUGACGUGGAACCCGAAGAGGAUGCGGAACCGGAAACGGAGGAGGAGAAAGCUCGGCGACUGCUAUACUGCUCACUUUGCAAAGUGGCCGUCAAUUCGGCGUCACAGCUGGAGGCUCAUAAUAGUGGUACCAAGCACAAGACCAUGCUGGAGGCCCGCAGCGGCGUGGGCUCCAUCAAGUCGUUCCCACGGCCUGGCGUGAAAGGCAAAGUGGCAGCGCCAUCGUCAUCCAAUGCAGCCACAGGCUUGCAGAACAAAACAUUCUACUGUGAGACAUGCGACGUGCACGUCAACUCCGAGACGCAGCUCAAGCAGCACAUCAGCAGUCGUCGUCAUAAAGACCGAGCGGCAGGCAAACCGGCCAAACCCAAGUACACCCCCUACAGCAAAGGAGCCGCCAAACAGACGAUCAAGUUGAGUUUGGGCGGAGAUCGUCCACGCCCCCCACUGGCCGCCAACCUGCUUCCCGCUCAGCUGAUGGCAGCCGCUGCCGUCUUAGGCAACACGUUCCCUCAGCGCCCCGCCCCUAACCCCGCCCUCUUCCCUACGCCGCCCCUCUCCGCCAGCACCCUACUUCGCCCCGCCCCCGGCCCUGUCAGGACCGCCCACCCGCAAGUCCUAUUUGCACCGUACUGACCCCUCCCCCACGAUCAGAGUGAACUCGGCGACCAGUCUAUGCAUCCGAGCAAUAAUGUAACACACCCACACACACACGUACAAGAACUAUGCAGUGUCAUGACUUUGAACGCUACUCGGUGGCGCUCACGUUCCUGUUUGCACUUGAACUCCUGUUGACGUGCACGUUCGACUCUAGACGGUGUUUGAUGGUUAGACUACGUGGCGUUUUUUUGGUUUUGUAUUAGUCUUUGCUGCUUCUAAUAAGUCAGUGAUAUAAAUUUUUUAUGGGAAAUUUCCAUAUAAACCUAAAAUGACCUCAACAAGUGAACUUGACUGGACUUUGAAAUGAAAUGCUUCAGCACUUUUUGCUCUACUUGACGUUUCUGAAAGGAGCUGAUGGACAAAAUUCAAAGCUAAUACUUGAAUAAUCCCAUCAUAAUUGGAAGGGACGAUGUUAAAAAAUGGCUGGGAAGGAGCUAUUUAAUCCUUUAAAAUGACUUUUAAAUUGACUGUCUUUAACUCAUCGUUUGCCAUUGAUCAUCAAUGCAGGACAAUGAGUUCAACAAGUGCCCUAACAAAGGAUGAAGUAUUUUGAUGCGCAGUUUCAAUCAAAAGUUAAGCGAAAGUCAAGCUGAGUUCACCUGUAAAGGUCACUUCAGAUUCAUCCGGAAAUUUCCCAGCAAAAGCCCAAUUCGCUGUUUAUUGGGAGAAAUGUGUAUGUGUGUGUGGUAUGUGUGUAUGUUGUCUGGAACAGCGAUGCUUUGUGUGUUUCGUGUCAAAAGUGUUUAAUGUGUUGAUUUGAAGAAAUAAUAAUAAAAAAAGAGUACUACUUUGUUAAACGUGCUUCUGUUUUGCUCAUUUGUGGGGAAUGAUUUGGACUUCUAUAAACGGCAAUGGCAGCCAAUCAGAAUUGAAAAAAAAUAUAUAUAUAUAUAUAUAUGGCGGAAAACACAGACAAGACUGAAAAAGCAGUUUCUGCUCUUGCAACCCUCUAUAAAAUAAACUGAUGUAUUUUAAGCCAAAAGAACUGUUGUGUUUGAUAGAACAAUAUGUCUAUAUGCUGCCAUAGCAGAUUCAUGGCCUAUUAAGCCCCCGAACUAUUUUUAAUAUGUCCCUUUUACCCUGGGUACCUCCGUUUACAGACGUAGUGCAACCACUUUUGUUUCAA